UUGUGUGGAGAGACAGGCCACCCAUUCGUUUCCUCCCCCCAAACUGUCCACACACAGCCCCUGCUGCCGCUUCCCAACGUCUGUCAACCUUUACCUCAGAUCCCUGAAUUGAUUGAUAAUGCUCGUAAUGUGGUGCAGUAGAACAGCGUUCGGCAGACUGCAGAGAAUCGCCCCGUGUACCGUCACCGGAUUUCAUCGCGCGAUGUCCACGUUACCGAAAGUGUAUGUCACGCGCAAGGUGCCGCCGGACGGGCUGGACAUUCUCCGCAAAUCCGGACAGGUGCAGUUUGAGAUGUGGGACUCUGAUGACCCUGUGCCCCGAGUGGAGCUGCUGAAAAAGGUCAAAGGUUGCGAAGGAAUACUGUGUGUGCUCACAGAGAAGAUUGACGCACAACUAUUGAAUGCUGCAGGUCCAAAUCUAAAAGUCGUCAGCACUAUGUCAGUGGGCUUUGAUCAUCUUUCUCUGGAUGAGCUCAAGAAAAGGGGAAUCCGUGUAGGAUAUACUCCGGAUGUUCUGACUGAUUGUGUUGCUGAAUUGACAGUUGCCCUGUUACUCGCUACGUCCAGAAGACUCAUUGAGGCCACACAUGAGGCUAAAACAGGUGGCUGGGGAACAUGGAGAACUUUAUGGCUGUGUGGUCAUGAACUAGCAAACAGCACAGUUGGCAUCUUGGGACUUGGGAGGAUUGGUGUGGCUAUCGCCGAGCGUCUGAAGCCGUUUAAGGUGAAAAAGUUCAUCUACACAGAUGUGGCGCCGAGACCUGAUCUCGCAAAUAUGAUAGAGGCCGAAUACGUCUCUUUAGAUGAGUUGGCCAAACAGUCUGAUUUCCUGGCCAUAUGCUGUGCUCUGACUCCAGAGACUCAUGGCAUCUGCAAUUGGAAUCUCUUCUCCAAGAUGAAGAAAAACGCCAUCUUCAUCAACACAAGCAGGUAGCAUUAAGACAUUCUUUCCAGUGUUAUUUUA